UAAACUAGAAAACAUUACAUGAAAUCUAAAUUGAUAUCAUGGUUCAAAACUUCACACCCAAGCAUUUGCAGUUUGUCCCCGACUUUGCUUUUUUAAAACAGAUGUAUGCAUUCUUUUAUGUGUAAUAUAUUUUACUCCAUUACUAGUAUUGCAAGUUAUCUUGAAUGUAUUUGGCUUGAUUUUGAAGAAGGGGGGAAUUUAAUGUACUUGCCUGUGCCUUCAAUUCUCAGUCUACUGCAGGGGAAUACCCAUUUCAGUUUUUCCUGGCUUAUUUUGUUCUCAAAUCCCUUUCUUUGGAAUUUUCUUCUCUUUAAAUUGGUUACUUUAAAAAUUUUGCAUUGUAAAAUUUAUACUGGCUUUUACUUGCCCGUUUUUUACACAUUAAGAACAAGAAAGUUGCUAGAACUAAGCUAGGCAGAUGGUCUCAUCCUUCAAAGUUAAGGCUGAAUUAAAGUAUUGUUUUGAAGUCUAUUCACCCACAAGGCAAAACUGGUUAUCCUGAUAUUACCUCAGAUUCUCCCCAGAUUACUUUAUUCCAGUACUCUUCCACCUCCCUUAAUGUGUGGCCACUUUUGAUGGCUCUCCCCUCCAACACAAAACCCCUCUUCACCACAGCUGUUGAUAGUAGGCACUCGGUCCCGCAUUCCAAAGUUGAGAAAUCUGGAGCCUCCUUGGUCUUUUCGGGCUGCCAGGCCAGGUGCUCAGAGGUCACAGGCUGGUGGGUUUCCGUAGGCAAUUUAUGGCCUUUCCAGGCCCAGAGUGGCCGGGAACAAAGCGGGGACCACCGCCAGGAGGCGCAGCCCAUGGGGAUGGAGGCGUCGGCCCUGCCCCAGAGCGCCCGAAGCCGCGCAGCGGAGCCCCACACACCGAAUGUCAUUUCACACAGACCAAGAGAUCAAUUCGCUGGUCGGUUCGUCAAUCUUUUCAGCUAGGAUCUGCUCCACACCUCCAAGGAACCCAGGCUAGACCAGCUCAGAACUGGCAAGAGGGAUUACACCGCUCAGGUGUUUUGAGCCGCCAAUCUUCAGAGGGACGCGGGAACGCGCGUCGUCCUGCUUUACGGCAAGGGUGCGCGCGUUUGCGGCAGCGUGACGCAAACAAAUUUUGGCGGGAAAAGCGCUGCAUUUGGAUUCCUGUGGUGGCGGGCAAAGGACAGCUUGCCGUGGUGCUCUGUGGAGUCAUGGCAGUGCCCUUUGUGGAAGACUGGGACUUGGUGCAAACCCUAGGAGAAGGUGCCUAUGGAGAAGUUCAACUUGCUGUGAAUAGAAUAACAGAAGAAGCAGUUGCAGUGAAGAUUGUAGAUAUGAAGCGUGCCAUAGAUUGUCCAGAAAACAUUAAGAAAGAGAUCUGUAUCAAUAAAAUGUUAAAUCAUGAAAAUGUAGUGAAAUUCUACGGUCACAGGAGAGAAGGAAAUAUCCAGUAUCUAUUUCUGGAGUACUGUAGUGGGGGAGAGCUUUUUGAUAGAAUAGAACCAGACAUAGGUAUGCCUGAACAAGAUGCUCAGAGAUUUUUUCAUCAACUCAUGGCAGGGGUGGUUUAUCUUCAUGGCAUUGGAAUAACUCACAGGGACAUUAAACCAGAAAAUCUCCUUUUGGACGAAAGGGAUAACCUCAAAAUCUCUGACUUUGGCUUGGCAACAGUGUUUCGGCAUAAUAACCGUGAACGUUUAUUGAACAAGAUGUGUGGUACUUUACCUUAUGUUGCUCCAGAACUUCUGAAGAGAAAAGAAUUUCAUGCAGAACCAGUUGAUGUUUGGUCCUGUGGAAUAGUGCUUACUGCAAUGUUGGCUGGAGAAUUGCCAUGGGACCAGCCCAGUGACAGUUGCCAGGAAUAUUCUGAUUGGAAAGAAAAAAAGACAUACCUCAACCCUUGGAAAAAAAUUGAUUCUGCUCCUCUAGCUCUGCUGCAUAAAAUUCUAGUUGAGAAUCCAUCAGUAAGGAUUACCAUCCCAGACAUCAAAAAAGACAGAUGGUACAACAAGCCACUCAAGAAAGGGGCAAAGAGGCCUCGAGUCACAUCUGGUGGUGUGUCAGAGUCUCCUGGUGGAUUCUCUAAGCACAUUCAUUCCAAUUUGGACUUCUCUCCCGUAAGCAGUGCUUCUAGUGAAGAAAAUGUGAAGUAUUCCAGUUCUCAACCAGAACCACGUACAGGGCUUUCCUUGUGGGACACCAGUCCCUCAUACAUUGAUAAACUGGUACAAGGAAUCAGUUUUUCCCAACCGGCAUGUCCUGAUCAUAUGCUUCUAAAUAGUCAGUUACUUGGCACCCCAGGAUCCUCACAGAACCCUUGGCAACGCUUGGUCAAAAGAAUGACACGAUUCUUUACCAAACUGGAUGCAGACAAAUCUUAUCAGUGCCUGAAAGAGACUUGUGAGAAACUGGGCUAUCAAUGGAAAAAGAGUUGUAUGAAUCAGGUUACUGUAUCAACAACUGAUAGGAGAAAUAACAAACUGAUCUUCAAAGUGAAUUUGGUAGAAAUGGAUGAGAAGAUAUUGGUUGACUUCCGGCUUUCUAAGGGUGAUGGUUUGGAGUUUAAGAGACACUUUCUGAAGAUUAAAGGGAAGCUGAAUGAUGUUGUGAGCAGCCAGAAGGUUUGGCUUCCUGCCACAUGAUCGAUCCAUUAUCUCUGGGGAUUCCUGGUGAAUAUAGUGCUGCUAUGUUGACAUUAUUCUUCCUAGAGAAGAUUAUCCUAUUCUGCAAACUGCAAACAAUAGUUCCUGAAGAGUUCUCUUCCCCUUUAUCCAAACAUCUUCCCAUUCAUUGUAUGUUUUGCAUACAAAUAAUAACUGUAUCUUAAUUGUCAUAAUUUGGGGAAAGGGAUGGGUAGAAUUCACUAGAUAUUUCUUUAGCAGUGUUUAUUAUCUGAAUUUGAAAUCCAUCUGGUGAAAACCAAGUUUUGUGAUACCUGACUUUAUCAGCUCUUAUACCAACAUAAUAUUCUAUUUUUACUAAAACAUUUUGAUACAUCCCAAAGUGUACUGAUUUAAUUAUAAGGAUAAAUUUGUAAAGACUAGCCCUUGUGACUUUUGGAUACAAAAGUAGAUUUAUCAGUCUAUGAGGUGGAAGCCAGGUUCAAAAAAUGUAUCUCCAGAUCUGUACUUAUAUUUUCAAAAGGGUCUCACCAGUUAUUCAAACCUGUUUUUGAGUUAUAACGAUUAAUUAAAACUGCAAGUCUGUUUUUUUCUGGUGUAGCUAGUAACAUAUAAAAUGCUAAUUGGUCUUUCAAGAAGUUAAGCAUAAACUGUAGUGCUUAACUAACUUUACUCAAAAAUUAACGUUGCACAUCUUAAGUAUUUUCUAUAUUAUUUUCUACUUUCACAGCCGUAUUUUAAUUCUUUACUAUGGAAAUAAAUUCUAUUUUGAAAAUGAA